UAUAUAUACAUACACACACACGUUAAAAACCAAAACGAGAGAAGAUGUCUUGGAAGAGAGAGGAUUGGAAUUCAAUGGCAGAGUCAGAGAAGAGCCGACUGAAGCGCAGCUUGGAGUUGGGAACAGUAAUGACAGUUUUCAAUCUCAAGAAAUCCCAACCCGAGAGGAGGACCUUACAGGUGAUCAUGGAAACCCAACAACUGUCCUGGAACCGCACUGCAGACAAGAUCGAGGGAGUUCUUGACUUGCGAGAAAUCAAAGAAGUUCGCCCUGGGAAAAACUCAAAGGAUUUUGACCAGAUCUCAAAAGAUCAGAAGGAUCGAUACAACGACGAUAUGUGCUUCACGGUAUUCUAUGGGUCUGAGUUUGUCCUCAACACGCUAAGCUUGGCUGCCGAUACAAAGGACGAUGCUUCCUCGUGGUUAAAGGGACUGGAUUUACUGCACAAAGAGGCUCAACUGGCAUCCACCCCAUCGAUGAUAGAAAGCUGGUUGCGGAAGCAAUUUUAUUCAGUGGAUCAGACCAGAAGAAACAGUAUCUCUGUCAAAGAAUUCAAGAUCAUGCUGCCUCAAGUAAACUUCAAAGUGCCCAGUAUCAAGUUCCUCAAAGACAAGAUAGGGGGUGUCCAGGAGAGCGGAAACUCCAAGGAGGAGCUCACCUUUGAGCAAUUUCACCGGCUCUAUAAGAACCUGAUGUUCGAUAGCCAGAAGGCGAUCCUUGAAAGCUUUAAAGUGGACGAAUCUGUUUUCAUUCUGGGGAGUACGGAAAAGCCUGAGGCCUCCGCCUUGCAUCUGCACGAUUUCCAGAGGUUUCUACUCCUUGAACAGAAGGAAAGCUGGGCGAGUGACAUAAAGAAGGUUCGGGAACUGAUGACGAAAUGUAUUUGUGAUACCUACAGAGAAACAAAGGAGCCGUUCUUUUAUAUAGACGAGUUCCUCACGUACCUGUUUUCCAAAGAAAACACAAUCUGGGACACGAAAUACGAUGUGAUCUAUCCACAGGAUAUGAAUAACCCAUUGUCACAUUACUGGAUAUCUUCUUCACACAACACGUACCUCGUAGGAGACCAGUUUCGUAGUGAUUCAUCCACAGAAGCGUAUGCUAGGUGUCUGAGGAUGGGAUGCCGCUGUAUUGAACUGGAUUGCUGGGACGGGCCUGAUAUGAAACCGAUCAUAUAUCAUGGUUGGACGCUGACGUCCAAAAUUAAGUUUGAUGAUGUGGUGGAUGCCAUCAAGACCCAUGCAUUUGCCUCUUCAGAGUACCCACUCAUACUGUCAAUCGAAGAGCACUGCAGUAUCGAGCAGCAGAGACACAUGGCCAUCAAGUUCAAGGAGACGUUUGGGAAUAUGCUCAUCAGCAAACCCAUUGAAGCCAACGCAGAGCAGUUACCGUCCCCCGCUCAGCUGACACGCAAAAUUAUCAUCAAGCACAAGAAGCUGGAUUCUCAGCAAGAUGACGGCACCAUCAGGCAAGAUGUGAGCUCUGUCUUCGACCCAUCGAAGGAUUAUGAGAAGCAAAUGGGGUCUCUCUACUUGUUGGAUCCAAUUGAUCUGAUGUGGAAUAAGCAUUACUGUGUAAUAACAGAUGGCAAACUCUACUAUACGGAUCCCACAGAUGAUGAUGAUGAUGAUGAUGAAAAUAAAACUUUAAGCCAGAAUAUUAAUAGCAAAGAUCGUCACUUUAAUGAGAAAUGGUUCCAUGGGAAAAUGGGUAAGGAGGGCAGGCAGAAGGCUGAGAAACUGCUCCAGGAGGUUUGUUUGGAGACGGGGGGACGAGACGGAACAUUUUUGGUCCGAGAGAGCGACACAUUCCCAGGAGACUACACGUUAUCAUUUUGGAGAAACGGGAGAGUCCAGCACUGUCGUAUACGAUCGUUUACAGAAGCAGAGAGCACCAAAUAUUUUCUGACCGAUAAUUUAACUUUCACCAACAUUUACGAUUUGGUUCAACACUAUCAGAACUCGCCAUUGCGAUGCAGUGAAUUUGGGUUAUGUUUAAGUGAAGCAGUCCCUUGCCCGAAUCCUCACGAAUCUCAGGAAUGGUACUACAAAAACCUAAGUCGAGGGGAGGCCGAGGACAUGCUCCUUAGGAUACCCAGAGAUGGUGCUUUUUUGAUUCGAAAGAGAGAUGAACCCAAUUCCUACGCCAUUACUUUCAGAGCUGAAGGAAAGGUUAAGCACUGUCGUAUCAACUACGAAGAAGGAAAGUAUGUCCUGGGGGCUUCAGCGGAGUUUGAAAGCCUGGUCGAACUUGUCAGCUAUUACAGAAAGUCCACGCUAUACAGGAAAAUGAAAUUGCGUUACCCUGUCACGGAGAAGAUGCUCGAGCGUUACAGUGCGGAAAAAAACAUUGGAUGUCUAUAUGGUGUAAAUUAUGUGGACCCAAAUGAAUUAACACCUUCCAAGGGUACAGUAAAAUCUUUGUACGAAUAUCAGGGUCAACAGGCAGAUGAAUUGACUUUUCCCAAAGGCGCCAUUAUCCACAAUGUCAAAAAGACCGACCAUGGAUGGUGGAUGGGGGACUAUGGGGAUCAAAUCCAGAAAUUAUUCCCAGCUAACUAUGUGGAAGAAUUAGCCUCUAACACUCAAGAGGACAUAAGUAAUCAGAUAACAGAGGAUAAUCCCCUAGGAGUAAUGUGCAGGGCAGUUGUGGAGCUGGUUAACUACAAUGUUGUGAGGCAGGCAUCAGGCAAGAAUGGAAUGAGCUUUGUCUUUACCAUCGUACCUAAAGAGGAGGAGAAUGGCCUGUCGCUUGACCUCGCUGCUGAUACAGUGGAAGAGAUGUUCAUAUGGUACAAUGAGGCCAUAAAGAGCUGCCAGAAAAAAGUACAGCAGGAGCAGAAACGGAACCAAAUGGAGAGGAAACAGCAGAUUGCCAAGGAACUCUCUGAUCUGGUUGUGUAUUGCCGGCCAGCAAAGAAUAAGGAAAAUUUUGAUGCCGUUGAUUACAAGGAAAUCAGAUCGUUUGCAGAAAACAAGGUGGAAGCCAUCAUUAAACAGAAGUCCAAAGCAUUCCGAGAUUACAACCGUAGACAGCUGUCCCGAAUCUACCCCAAAGGCCAACGCAUUGACUCCUCCAACUACGAUCCACUUAUCCUGUGGCAACACGGAUGUCAAAUGGCAGCACUAAACUUUCAAACGCCAGAUAAAUCUAUGCAACUUAAUCAAGCUUUGUUUUCUAUGAAUGGGAGAACGGGUUUCCUGCUGCAGCCUGAAUCACUGAGGAGUGAUAACUCAGCAAAGCACAGGACACAAUCCAUCAACAUCAAAAUUCUCGGGGCUAGACAUCUACCCAAACCAGGCAGGAGUAUAGUUUGUCCUUUUGUAGAAGUGGAGCUGUGUGGGUGUGACAAUGACAACAAGAAGGUCAAGACAGUAGUGAUGAAUGACAAUGGACUGAACCCAGUUUGGCUGGGAGGACCGGAAGAAAUCAAUGAAGAAUUUAUUGUCCAAGAUCCCUCUUUGGCUUUCCUUCGCUUUGUCGUUUAUGAAGAGGAUAUGUUCAGUGAUCCGAACUUUUUAGCACAUGCCACUUACCCCAUCAAAGCGAUCAAGACGGGGUUCAGAGCUAUUCCUCUGAAAAAUGGAUUCAAUGAAGACCUUGAAUUAGCAACUCUUCUUGUCCAAUGUAAAGUGCAUCAGCUCGGGGAGGGUGAAGAAGAACUUUAUUCCUCCCGUCAGCAACUACAGCAGCGACCGGGUGAAGGGUUGUACGACAGUGCUCCAAACAGACAGCGGCUAGUGGAAGGGUUGUACGGUACGACUGGACCUAGACAGCGACAAAUCGAACCAUUUGUGUAUGAACCCAACGUACAACCUGCGUUCAGGGGCGUGGGCUACAGAGAGCAGGUUCCAGAAGUUCCAAAGAGGAGAGUUAAGGACAAGAAAUCCAACAACAGUAGCAAAUUCUAUCCAUAAAUCAAGUCUGCCACCUUGUCCUGUCCUUGAUACCAUCAUCAAUGUCAUUUGUACUGUACAUCAAGAAAUAUCAUUUGCUACGCAGGAAGGAAUCAACAGCGUUUGAAAUCCACGGUCAAUACUUGAGCGACACAUCAAUUGGAUCCAUUGCGUAACACCCAAUUAUUAGUGUUGAGUAAUUGGGAUCUAGGAUAUAAUAACUUUAUUUACUGUUAUGAAUUACUGUGAAAAAGAUUGACCACUUCUCCAUUUGCCUUCAACCUACGACAGGGCUCUCUCAUUCUUAUCUCUCUCUCAUUAGGGAAUUUCGGCAUUAACUCUAUGGUCAAAUAAGAUACAGCACAAGUCCUGUUUAUUGAUGUCCUGUUUUAACCAGAAAGUGAAUUUUUAACCUCUUCGGCAUUUAUUUUGGAAUGGUUUUGGUUAAUUUAAUGCUGAAAAUAUUAAAUAUUGCCAUUUUUGCAUAAAUGCUAAAGACACAGUGUGUGUCGACUCUUGUCAUACUUUGCACAGAGCUGUUUGUAACUUGUCACCCAAGACAAAAAAUCCUUUUGUCCCUAAGUCCAAUAACUUGCAUUAUUAAUAUAUUUUACACAAGAAAAGUUGAGAUGAUGAAUAUCAUUGGCCCAUUUGAUUUCAUUCUUCCAGAAUACUAGAAACCAUCUGGACCAAACCAUCAGCUAUUUGCUAAUUGCACUUGUUCGUGUUGCUGAUGGCAUUACAAUGAAGUCUACCAAAUCGUAAGCCUAUCAAAGUCACUUCAUUUAGCAGUAAGGGGUUUAUUUUUUUCUAAUUAACCUUUUGGGGGACCACAUUUUCAAUUGGAUUUAAGGUCAUUCGAAUCCAAAUACUUUCUACACCUGGUGCGUCUUGUCCUGUAACAUUUCAAAAGCCUGAGUUUAAUUCCUUAGAAAUAAAUGUUAAAAGCACAACACAAAUUACAGUGACAAUAUGUAAUCACCCCUGACAUUUUUAAAACAAUCUGAGGUUAGGGUGUUGAGAUUUUCUCAUUCUGUUGUAAAAUUGUGAUGUAUCAUCUUUCAUCCAGGUAAAUUGUGAAAGAAAAGCCCUCACACCUGAUCAUUGUGCCACUUUAGCGUAUUGUUUGUGGGAGGGUCAAUGCAUUUACAUUUUCUUAAAGGUGCCAGUACUAAAUAUCAUUUAUACCCCAAGUGGGCAAAUGUAUAUAAUAAAUAUAUAUUACAAUCGGUUAUGCUAAAACUGUUGUGUUCCCAGAUGGUCCAGUUUUUCUGUAUUAAUCCUUACAACAAUAUAUAUCGGCUAAGUUAUGGCUGGGUCAAGUUGCAAUGCCUCUCGUUAUACCUAAUUGAGAUAAGCUAGCCAGGGUUUUGCAUCUUCUGGUUUGUAUGGCUUAUAGUGAUACAGUAGGGGAGAUGCUUUUAAUGGCUCGAUGACGAAGCGAGACAAUUUAUUUUUAGAUACGAUGAAUUCAGUGCUAAAGAAAAAAAAGUCUUAUUUUUGUUGGAUUGUUUUUCGAAUGGUGAACUGGGGUUGCUUUAGUAUCCUUACACAGCUAGUGUUUCAGAACUGGAAGUAACAGUACUGUAUGCAAUAAGUAAUCAGAUAAUACAAGUGGCGGGCUGGAAAGCUAAACAUUUUCAAUAGCAAUGAAUCCCGGUUUUACACGUGGGUGGAAUGGGUCCAGCGUUUUUAUUUUCUCCCCGUUGCAAAACAGGGAAACGUAGAUAAUUUUAACUUAUCUUCCAAAAGUGAGAUUGAUUGUGUAAAGGGGAAAUGUGUGAAUCUGAACAUUUAUGAAUUUUUUUUUGUUGCUUCUUUUUGUCAAUUAUUUAACGUGUGCAAAUAAAGAUUGAUAUUUGGUGCGUA